CGGUCACUUGCGAAUUUGCCGCCUUUGGUCCAGACAGCAACCGCAGCACCAUGUCCCGGACGGCCACGUACCAGGCCGUGAACCUCGGUACGAAGGCCCAGGCCGACAAGCACCCGCUCGACACGGUCAAUUUCAUUUCGCGCUGGACGUACUGGUGGGCCAACCCGCUCAUGGUGCUCGGCAACGAGCGCCAGCUCGACUCAGCCGACCUCUGGCCGCUCCAAGACGAAAACAAAUGCGAGACUGUCAGCGCCAAGUUCCUGCCCAUGUACUACAAAAAAAAGUCGAUCAUCUGGGCGUUCCUCUCGGUCUUUGGCUGGAACGCGCUCUUCAUUGGCUUUAUGCAGUUUGUGGCCAUGGCCUGUACGCUCUACGGGCCGGUCGUCCUCCAGCAAGUCGUGUCGGCCGUCGAGACGUCGACGUCCGACUUUUACACGCUCCUCCAGCCGAUCGUGCUUUUGUUUGUGGUCAAGAUCGCCCAAGCGGUCAUUCAGACGCAGACGUCGCUCCAGAACGAGCUGCUUUACGUCAAGUUUACGUCGGCGCUGCAAGAUAUUUUGUACCGCAAAACGAUGGUCCUCAACGCCGCGUCGCGCCGCGUCAAAAGCACGGGCGAGGUCUCCAACCUCUUUACGUCCGACAUGAUGUGGAUUCUGUCUGUCUCGUUCACGGCCAACCAGAUCUGGAUCAUUCCGCUCCAGAUUACCGCGCUCAUGUACAUGUUGUGGCAAAUUCUGGGCUCGGCCAUGGUCUGCGGCCUCGCCGUCAUGUUUGUGACGCUCCUCCUCAACCGGUUCCUCGCGACGCUCCAGCGCGACAACUGGAAGACCAUGAUGGACCGCAAGGAUGCGCGCAUGAAGACGGUCAACGAGGUCUUUGGCGCGAUGCAGAUCAUCAAGCUCAACGCGUGGGAAGAGCGGUACUACGACAAGAUCCACCUCCUCCGCGAGACCGAGCUCAAGUCGCUUUGGACGCAGUUUUGCCUCUCGGCGUGCGUCAUGGCCAUGAACUACGUCGCGCCCGUCCUCCUCACGACCGUCUCGUUCGCGGCGUACGUGCUUUGGCUCGACCAGACGCUGACCGCGUCCAAGGUCUUUACGGCGCUCAGCCUCUUUUCGAUGAUCAAGGCGCCCAUGAUGCGGCUGCCGCAGAUCAUUGCCAACUGGAUGCAAGCGUACGUCUCGUACGGUCGCUUCAAGGAGUACCUCGCGCUCGAUGAAAAGCCGGCCGACGCGGUCUCGUCGGUGGUCUCGGCCAACGAUGUCGACAUUGAGAUUGUCAACGCGUCCUUUGGCUACGACGAGGAGAAGCCGCUCUUCUCCAACGUCAACCUUCACGUCAAGCGCGGCGAGUUUGUCGUGAUCCAUGGCUCGGUCGGCGAAGGCAAGUCGUCGCUCUGCAACGUCCUCCUCGGCGAACUCGACAAGUACGCGGGGUCGGUCGGCGUCAGCGGCCGCGUCGCGUACUUUGCGCAGCAGCCGUGGAUCCAAAACAUGACGAUCCGCGAAAACAUCCUCUUUGGCCACCCGUACGACCGGAAAAAGUACAGUGCCGUCCUCGAAGCGUGUGCUUUGACCAAGGACCUGACGCUCUUUGCGGCCGGCGACCGCACCGAGAUUGGCUCGAAAGGCGUCAACGUCUCUGGCGGUCAAAAGGCGCGCAUCGCGCUCGCGCGAGCGUGCUACAGCGACGCCGAUAUCUUUCUUUUGGACUCGCCCUUGUCGGCCGUCGACGCGAUCGUCCAAAACGAGAUUUUCACCAAGUGCUUUCUCGGUCUCCUUCGGCACAAGACGAUCUUGCUCGUGACGCACUCGCCCGACAUCAUCGCGUCGUCGUACAUUGACCGAACGAUCGAAGUCAAGGACGGGACACUCAUCGCGUCGGAUGUCAUUGCGAGCAACAAGGCCGACCACCCAAUCCUCGUCACGCCUUUCAAGGCCCAUGCGCGCAACCUCGGUGAGGACGACGAUGUGUUGGUCGAUGACGCAUCGACCGUCGUCGACAGCCAUGCUGGCCUCGACUACGCCGACACGCUCGUGUCGCCGUGCGUCAAGUCGCCGUUUGGUGACGCCAAGUACCAAGAGUUCCUCUUCACGCCGGCCAACGAGUCGGACGUCAAGACGUACGACGAAGAGAAGAACGCACAGGACACGAGCGGGAAGCUCGUCAUCGAGGAAGAGCGCAACCACGGUCGUGUUUCCAAGGCGGUCUUCCUCUCGUACUUUAACGCGGUCGGUGGCUGGCCCAUCUUUCUCGGUCUCCUGCUCGUGCAGUCGCUUUGGCAAGGCCUUCAAGUUGGCAGUGAUCUCUGGCUGAGUGUCUGGACCAGCAGCGCCGACUCGCUCUCGCCGGCCGCGUUCCAGGCGCAGGCCGAGUACAACAUUUCCGUGUACGCAGGCCUCGCGCUCGGGUCGUCGUUCAUGGUCGUCGCGCGGUCGCUGACCGUCUCGUGGAGCGGCAUGCGCGCAUCUCGGUCGCUCUUCGACGAGCUCACGCAGUCGCUCAUGCGGGCGCCGAUGCGGUUCUUCGACACGAACCCGCUCGGGCGCAUCCUCAACCGGUUCAGCGGCGACAUCAACCAGAUCGACUCGCGCAUUCCGUACUCGAUCAGCUACUUUUUAGCGACGCUCUUCAUUCUCUUCUUCUCGCUCGGCACGACCAUGGUCGUGAUCCGCGAGCUCAGCGUCAUUUUGCUGCCGCUCCUGUACAUCUACUACAAGGUCGGCUCGAUCUUUGUGCAGCCGGCGCGCGAGCUCGAACGGCUCUCGAAAACGACCCGGUCGCCGAUGAUUACGCACAUCUCCGAGUCCAUUGACGGCACGGUGCUCGUCCGUGCGUUCGGUGCGAAGCAAGUGCGCCGCUUCCAGCGCCUCCACCAGACCAAGGUCAACAAGAACAACGAAACCAACUUUGCGUCCGACCUCGCGGGGCAGUGGUUUACCUUCUGGAUCCAAAUGAUCUCGGCCUGCAUGCUCUUUGUCACGACCUUCUCCCUGCUCUAUCUGCACGAGUACCUCACGGCCGGUUUGAUUGGUCUCGUCUUUAACUACGCGCUGCAGAUCACGGCCAAUUUGGAAGGCAUGCCAUGGUCGCGCCGGAGCGAGUCGCCGAGUACAUCAAUAUUGAGCCGGAAGCGCCCCGGUAACAUUUCUGGCGCGACGUCGAGCGCGUGGCCGGCGUCCGGCAGCCUCAAGUUCGACAAUGUCAGCUUCCGCUACAAGCCCAACGACCCGCUCGUGCUCAAGGACCUCAACUUUGACAUUCGGUCGGGCGAGAAGAUUGGUAUCGUCGGUCGCACGGGCGCCGGCAAGUCGAGUUUGACCAUGGCGCUCUUCCGCAUCAACGAGGUUGCGUCCGGCCACAUGUACAUGGACGGCGUCGACACGAAGAGCGUCGGCCUCAAGACGCUGCGCGAGAGCAUGGCGAUCAUUCCGCAAAACCCGAUCUUGUUCAAGGGCACGCUGCGCAACUACCUCGAUCCGUUUGACGACUACUCGGACGACCAGCUCUGGGACGUGCUCACCAAGGUGCGCAUGCAGUCGCGCGUCGCGACCGAAGAGCUCAAGCUCGAGAGUCCGAUCGAAGAGAACGGCGAAAACUACUCGGUCGGCGAGCGCCAAAUGCUGUGCAUGGCGCGGGCGCUCCUGCGGCAGAGCAAGAUCGUGGUCAUGGACGAAGCGACGGCUGCGAUCGACCACGAGACGGACCAGAACCUGCAGCAAGUGAUCCGGACCGCGUUUGCCAAGUCGACCGUCCUCACGGUGGCCCAUCGUCUCGACACGGUCUUGGAUUGCGACCGGAUCAUGGUGUUUGACCAAGGCCGGUGCGUGCAGUGCGACACGCCGCAAGCGCUCAUCGAUGCGGGCGAGGGCAUCUUCUUUGAACUCUGCGACGAAGGCGGCUACUUGGACCGGAUCACGUCGCCCAAGACAACGACCACCGAGUAGACGCUGGCGUUGCAUUGGUCGAGAAUGAAUGAAUGACUCUAGAUGACGUUUUCCGC